UUGUUAUCACAGGACUGGUGGAGCUCUUCAAAAGAGCAAAUGGCUGGACACAUUACCAGCUGUUGGUCUGGAGGAGACUGUUCAUGACAUUGAUGAUGGACACAAUUCCUCAGAAGUGAUACCACCGCUACCAGAGAAGACCCAAGUCCUCUGCAAGGAAGAUAUAAUUGGACAACCAGCUUCCAUUGUCUACCAUAGCUGUCUUAAACAGCUGGCUCAGUAUCUCGUCGUACCAAUCCCCAAGUGCAACACAAAGGACCCAGUAACUGAUGCUGAAUGUGGAGCACUUAGACCAUUUGAAGUGAAAAUAACUUCCAGGGGCACAUCAGUUGUCGUGGAAUGGGUGAGUACUUGGUUAGCAAUAAAGACAUACUGUAGGAUCAGAUAUUUCACUUUGAGGGCAUAGUUUACACAUGCUUGUUAAUUAUUAUCUAUUUAAUGACAGCUACUGUUCUGUGCUGUGUUGCUCUUUUUUAAUUUUUCAGAUAUGUCAUCAGGGUCACAGUGUCUGGAGGUGGAACUCCCAGCCCACUCUAAAAUAUGGCAUGCAUGCAGGUGACUUCAUGUUGUCCUCGAACAUCCUCCUCUCUGGGAACAACUACGGGAAGGUGGCUCUGCUGUUCAAAUUCAUGAACUUGGGAAUAGUACAUAGAACAACAUUCUUUAAAAUCCAGGACGCCUACUGCGUUGACGCCAUCGAGGACUACUGGGAUGACAAGAGGUCAGCCAUUAUUACCCGGCUGAAAUCAAAGGACAGUGUAGUGGCCCUUGGUGACGGUCGUAUGGAUAGUCCUGGGUUUUCAGCACAGUACUGUACAUACACAACGAUGGACAACGACAGUAAAGAGAUCAUAUCGAUUGUCAAUAUUGAUAAGAGGGAGACCCAGAAGAAUUCUGUAAUCAUGGAGAAGGAGGCUUUCAUCCGGACCUUUGAGACUCUCCACCAAGAGAUUCGCCUACAAGAGUUUUGCACUGAUGCUCAUUCACAGAUCUCGGCGCUCUUCAGUAAGUGCAAAGAUAUUUAUGUGUAUAAUUUUACGGAUGAAGUAUUGCUCUAUGUAAUUCAUGAUUGAUCAUUGUCAAAAUGUUUUAGCCUGCGUCUAACAUAUAUCUGUUUGCAUCCUUCCAUGCAGAUCCAACAUAAGGCAGGUUCAAGGACUCUGGUGUUCGACACACCCUUGACAUCUGGCAUGGGUCAAAGAACUUGCGUAAAAAAAUCCAUGCAGUAAGUUCCUGACUUCGAUUCUGUUAUUGGUCCUUGAUAAUAGAUUGUUAUAAUACUAAGUCAAACAACACAGUUUUUCCUACUUGAUUUCUACUCAUGUUGUUUAUGUUAAAACAACUUCUUUGAGAUGAUGAGCACAAUGACUGAAUUGUAAAGGUCUUGCCAUUUCCUGCCAUUCAGUUAUAAGCCAGGUGUCUAGCACACAGAUGGUGAUUACAUCAGGUUCCUGGUUCCAGAGAAUUUGCCAAAUCAACAUUGAUGACAAAGUCUGAGCUUUAUUUAAAGGCCCACUAUGCAACUUCGGGAAUUUCUUCGCUGUUUUCUUGGUUUUGGCACGCACAUUUCUCUACACAGCGCCCCCUACAGCUUCGUAGUCGAUAUUUUACAACACUGUGGUAACAACUCGUU